AUGUCUUCCGGUGUCGCAGUCUCUCAAGAGUGCCUGGCUCAAUUCCAGGAGCUCAAGCUUGGCAAGAAGAUCAAGUACAUCAUCUACACUCUCAACCAGAACAACACCGAGAUCGUCGUCGCAAAGGCCUCCACCUCUUCCUCGUACGACGACUUCAUUGCCGAGCUUCCACCUGCCGAGUGCCGUUACGCCAUCUACGAUUUCGAGUACGAGAAGGGUGACGAGGGCAAGAGGAACAAGAUCUGCUUCUUCACCUGGUCGCCCGAUGAUGCCAAGAUCAAGCAAAAAAUGGUCUUCGCCUCAUCAAAAGAUGCUCUCAGAAAGGCGCUCGUCGGCAUCUCUUCCGAGAUCCAGGGUACCGACUUUUCCGAAGUCAGCUACGAGACUGUCCUGGAAAAAGUCAGCCGAUCCACCUUCUAG